AUGAAGUAUCUCACUUUAUCUUCUAUAUCAAAUGAUCGAAGUUCGUAUCUUGUUCUUGAAAAUUUUGAUUUCUUUUUGCAGACCGGAGAAGCUAUGAAUCCAAAAGCGUACCCACUAGCUGACAAUCAGCUUACAAUUACGAUAUUGGAUCUUGUUCAACAGGCCGCUAAUUAUAAGCAGCUUAAAAAGGGUGCCAAUGAAGCUACAAAGACCCUCAACAGGGGUAUAUCUAAGUUUGUAGUGAUGGUAUUGAUUGUUCAACAUGUCAUGGCAGUCUCAGAUUGUAUUCAUGGUUAG